AUGUCGUUGAAUCUCCUCGAGCAAACUCGCUUGAAUCACGAAGAGAUUGAGAGAUUGGAGAGAUUGGUUGUGAAAGAUCUAAAGACAGAACCGAAAUCGAGCAGAGACAGAUUGGUCCAGGGUCAUCGUGUUCGUAACGUGAUUGAAUCGAUCAUGCUUAACACGAAGAAACUUGUUGAAAUCUAUGAAGAUAAAGACGGAUCUAUGGAAGACGAGAUCUCAAGAGCGGUCGAUGAUCAGACAAAUCUGUUUUACGAUCGAUUGAGAGAGAUUCGUGAAUAUCAUAGAAACUAUCGUUCUUCUUCUGUUGUUGAUGACUUUGAAGGAGACUUUAAACCAGUGAUUUCGUUUAGUGGUGAGGAAGGUUAUGGUCGGUACUUGGAUUUGCAUGAUUUUUAUAACCAAUACGUCAACUUUGUGCAUCAAAAAGAUCGUAAAUUAAAGUUUUCUAAUCAAUACAGGAAGUAUAUGGAUGGUCUGCUGGAUUACUUGAUCAACUUUAUCAAGCGAACCGGGCCGUUGCAAGAUCUUGGGAGGAUAUUUGCUAAGGUUGAGACCGAUUUCGAGGAGCAAUAUGCACAAGGAAAAACACAGGGUAAUGAUAAUGUCAUUGAUCUUGAUUACUACACUCCAGUAGAGGAACUUAUAGAUUUGGGACCUGAAAAGUUAAAGGAAGCGUUGGGGUCAUUAGGAAUGAAAGUUGGUGGUACUGUGAAGCAGCGUGCCGAGAGACUUUUCUUGACAAAGCAUACGCCUUUGGAAAAGCUCGAUAAGAAGCAUUUUGCAAGACAUGAGUCUGAAAGCGGUGCUAAAAAGAUUGCAUUAACAGAGGCCAAAGUGAAGAAACUCUGUAUUUUACUUUCUGAGACAAUCAAAAGGACAAAAGAAAACAUCGAAAAGAAAUAG